AUGACUCUUAUGUACUAUGUGACUCUCUCGAUGAGGGGCUACCACUGGGACUUUGACAACAUUAUAAAUGGUGAAAACGGGACCUUUUUUUCUGACAUAUCAAAACUUAAGCCAGGUGAUCUUAUUUUAAGGGCGGCAAAGGAUAAAGUUGGGAAACUAAUUUAUCAUGCUGGGGUUAACACUGAAGACAAUGAAGUCAUUCACUUUACAUCCGAUACAGACGAAGUCCAUUCAAUAUUUUCCUGGAGUGCAUCUUCAAAAGGAAAAGGCAAAAUUAGCAAAGAAAGUGUGAUGAGUUUCGUUAAUGAUCAGCCUUACUGCGUUCUCCGUUUGAAAUCUGGCAUCCCUAAAGACUUCAAGGACAGAGUAAAGAGUGCUAUGCACUCUAAACAGGAGUACCAUCUAUUCACAAACAACUGUCUACAUUUUGCCCUCAGACUACUGGGUGUGCAGCAGCAAGACAACAAUAAUUUCAUGGACAGGAAAGCAAAGAUCAUUAUUGAGGAGUACAUGGGAUCUGCUGCAUAUACCAACUUGCUAUGGAAAAAUGACAACAGUCUUUCAUCACUAAUCAUGAAUGGUGUACACCACGGGGCUGUCUCCAACAUGAUGACCCAAACAACCAGCAUUUCUGCUAUUAAGUCAUUAGCCUUAGCAGUUGCCCAACACCAUUAUUUUUGAUUUUCACUAAAUGCCUUCCAGGAAAAUGUUCUUCUAUAAAUAUAUAAACAUACAAAUAUAUCAAAUGAAAAAACAGACCCUCUGCUUUCAAACAAACAACAAGGAAAAAAAUAUUUCAUCUUCAUUUGUUCUCUUUUUAUAACCUCUCAUAUAUUGGUUUCUUCAAAAAUACCAAAUUUUGAGCAUAAAGCUGAAAUAAUUGCAUUUUGUUAGAGAUUAGAUUCACAACGAUUAUUAAAACAUAAAACGAUUAUCUAAAAUUAAUAAAAUUUUAGCUUAAGUGUUUUUUUUAUAAAUUGGGUAAGAGCGGAUUUACAGAAUAAAACUCAUCAGGAAAGCAUAAUUAGCAGGGAAAUGUUUUCUCUUAUUUGACAAGAUCGUCAAAAUAGUGUGGAAAGAGUUAAGAAUCUGUUGGUAAAAAUCUUUUAAGCUAUUCAUGAUCUAAUUUUCAGCUACAUGUGUGACUCAUCACUUCAUAGUAAAAGUCUUUGGCAGCAGAAAAGUUAAAAGUCUAUUAUCUGUUUCUUGUUGGUCAUCUUUGGUUUGCUUCGUGAGGGUAAAUAGCAAUCAUGUAUAUUUUUUCGACAAAUCACCUUUUCCAUAUUCACAUUUUUGUAUCCCUUGUCACAAUCAAUUGUUUCCUCAAUGGGUGUAUAAUGACAUGUAGGACUUCAAACAAUGUACUAAAAUCAAAGCUGAUUUUAAUCAUUGUGCAUUGGGAAAGUAUUAUAUAAGGUGUAAUGCGUUUGUAUAACACUGCAUGGAUAGAUAAGUAAUGCACAAACAAAGGCUCAAGGAGAAAUAUUUUUAUUACGUCAAUGAUCUAAGAAUCUGAUUAUUUACAUAAUAACUUUUUUUUAUUAAUUACUGCCUGAUAUUUGACUCACUGAUUUUCAAAUGUAUUUUAAAUCACCUGACAACAAACAAAAUGUUUACCAAAGUUGGAUUUUAAAUGACAUAAAUCAUUUUGUUGUUCCUGUUUUUAUUUUUUAUCAUUUUCAUAUAUGCUCAAAGAAGGUGUCACGUUGCUUUUUUCUAAAAUAAACAAAAAUCAGUAUCAUUAUUGUACAUGGCGAUACCAUAGUUUCUGUUCAUUACGAUACAUAUAACACAAAAUGAUCUCACCUGUUUCCUUUGGCAGAAAAAAUAGACUUUUUUUCAAUUUAAUGAAUGGUUAUGGUAAAAUAAGAUUUGCUUACCCCUCACAAUCUCAGUGCAAAAAAAGUUCUUUUAAAGCUCACUAAAUCAUUCCCACCUGAAGAUAAGUGACUUGUUAGCACAAAAUGUUGGAUUCGAAGGGGCUGUAAAGCAAAAGUCAGUUACAGGACACAAAUAUCUAUUGUAAUGCAUGUAAUUUAAAUACAUUUAUUAGAUUAAACAAAACUGCAUUUCAGUUGUUUUUGUUAACUGAAAAGUCAAUGACCAAUUCACCAUUGAUUGAUAAAAUAAAGAAAUCAAGCUGGCAGUUUUCUCAGAAUAAAAUCUUGGACUAAGUUUUUGAGUCACUUCUUUGAUGUUUUUAUCACCAGGAAAUUCCUUCACUAGAAUAUCUUGUUUGAUAAACUAAACUUGUAGCUUAACUGGUUUAUGAAAUGUCUUUUACAAACAAUUUUGGGAUCUAUUGGGUUUUAACUGACUUAAAUGUUAAUAAUUCUAGUUGGAUUAUUUCUAAUUAGUCUAAUAAUGGCAAAAGAUUAUUUAAAAUUGGACAUUUGCGGUUUGCCAGCUCUUAAUGCAUGUUUAGAACAUACUUUUUUUAACAACUAGUUAAAUGAAAACUAGUUAAGA